AUUGGCUGAGCGAAAUCUCGCGAUUGGUGAUUGGGUGAGAGGAGCAUCGCGAGAGCUCGAGCCGUGCGGCUUUCCCUGGGCGGCCCCGUGUUCAUUCUCUUCUCGGUUCGGAGCGAAGGAGCGAGAUGCCCGGGGUGACGGUGAAGGACGUGAACCAGCAGGAGUUCGUCAGGGCGCUGGCGGCCUUCCUAAAGAAGUCGGGGAAGCUGAAGGUCCCCGAGUGGGUGGACACGGUGAAGCUGGCCAAGCACAAGGAGCUGGCGCCGUAUGAUGAGAACUGGUUCUACACCAGGGCGGCCUCCACCGCCCGCCAUCUUUACCUGCGCGGUGGGGCCGGGGUGGGCUCCAUGACCAAGAUCUAUGGGGGCCGUCAGCGCAAUGAAUCCCCCAUAACCCCCUAUCCCCCAGUAUCCCCCCCCUAUCCCCCCUAUCUCCCCUAUCCCCCUUAUCCCCCCUAA